AUGAUAGUAUCUAUUAACAGUCAUUUGGCGAAGGCACGCGUCGAAAGCUUCCCUUUAAAUGUUUUUGUUUUUUUGAGUUAUACAGACAAAGAUGUUAUUCAAAAUUCUUGGAUUAUACGUGAGCCCAAUGAUUUUUAUACAUCUCAAGUUACGGCGCCGACGGUGCAAGCAGAUGCGACCCACUACAAUGAAAAUAUAAAAGAUGAAUUUGAAGAGGCAUCGAGACCACUACGAGAAAAGAAUUCUAAAAAGACUGGUGGACAAAAACACGUGCCACAUAGAGAUAAACCUCCUCAGAUCGUUGCGAAACGAAACGCGAGAGAAAGAAGACGAGUGCAGGCUGUCAACGGAGCCUUUGUAAGGCUUAGAAAGGCAUUACCGAUCGAAAAUAGCAGGGGUAAACGCGUUAGUAAAGUCAAGACUCUUCAAAAUGCCAUUCGGUAUAUUCAACAGCUUCAAGAACUAAUAGCGGAGGACCAAUUCCACAUUCGAGAUUACUCGUUUGAAGAUUCCACAAGUGACGAAGUAUUUGAAGAAUUUUAUUUCGAAAGAGAAUUUGAAAGAUGAAGCAAGCGUUUUGAAAGAAGUGAAUGGUAUUAUUGUAUCUAGUCAUCU